AUGUCGGCUCACGAGGAAUACGAUGAAUCAGCGAUGGCGGAUGGGGGACCCAACCCUGGCGCGCCCACACCCCUCGCAGCCUUGGAGGGCGUUGCAGGUCUGACUAAACGUGACAUUCAAAUGAUCAUCGAGGGAGGCUACAACACGGUUGAGUCCGUCGCCUAUACACCAAGGAGGGUACUUGAACAGAUCAAGGGUAUCUCGGAACAGAAAGCUCAAAAGAUCCUCACUGAAGCUUCGAAACUCGUUCCCAUGGGCUUCACUACUGCUACGGAAAUGCAUCAGCGUCGCAGUGAGCUCAUCUCCAUCACGACGGGCUCCAAGAACCUUGACACACUGUUGGCUGGUGGCAUCGAAACCGGCAGCGUAACUGAAAUCUUCGGCGAGUUUCGCACGGGAAAGUCACAAAUCUGCCACACACUGGCCGUGACAUGUCAGUUGCCUUUUGAUAUGGGUGGCGGUGAGGGAAAGUGCAUGUACAUCGACACAGAAGGCACCUUUCGCCCCGUCCGUCUUCUUGCUGUGGCCAAUCGAUAUGGUCUUUCUGGGGAAGAGGUUCUCGACAAUGUCGCCUAUGCAAGAGCGUACAACUCGGAUCAUCAACUGCAGUUAUUGAAUCAAGCAGCCGCCAUGAUGUGCGAGACACGAUUCAGUCUUCUGAUUGUUGACUCAGCCACCUCGCUCUACCGAACUGACUUUUUGGGUCGUGGUGAGCUCAGCUCUCGUCAGACCCAUCUCGCCAAGUUCAUGCGUACUCUUCAGCGUCUUGCUGAUGAGUUCGGGAUUGCUGUCGUUAUUACGAACCAGGUGGUGGCACAGGUCGAUGGCGGUCCAUCAGCCAUGUUCAACCCCGACCCCAAGAAGCCCAUCGGCGGCAACAUCAUCGCACAUGCCAGUACAACACGCAUCAGUUUAAAGAAGGGAAGGGCUGAGACAAGAAUAGCCAAGAUUUACGACAGCCCUUGUCUGCCAGAGAGUGACUGUCUUUUCGCGAUUGGCGAAGAUGGUAUCGGGGACCCGGCUCCCAAGGACAUGGAGAAGAACUGAUGGAUUCUCUCCAAAGGCAUGGGGUCAAUGAGUCUAGUAUACAUGUAUUUAUUUGAGCAGACAUGAAGGAUGGACGGGAUGCAUUGCAAAGGUUAUGGGAUGGUAAUGAAGGGUCAUGGUAGAGACAGGCAAGGCGUUUCGAGACAUUGCAUUUGUAGGAUGAUCUUAUCUGAUUUAGCUUGUACUUUUAGUACUGAAAAAAUUGCAUGGAAUUCUUGGCUUA